CGGGGAUCAGGCCAGAGCGCUCCCAGUGAGCAGUCGAUAUACAUCGGAUCGGCCGACAUACGCCGCCUCGUGGUGCGUCUGUGGUAGCGUACUCUGGAAGCGGGGCGAAGAGUCGGAGCGUAACCGUGCCGAGGACGUGCGCCGUGCCCGCCGUGCCGGGUGCGACCGCAUAGGACUGGCUGCUCGCUGCCUUCAUGGCGCGGGACACCGACGGCAGUGGAUUUGGUCGAUCUCACACGUUCAGGCUGGAUCGGCCAGCUUCGACGGCCAGCACGAGCUGCUGGGAACGGCUCAGCAUGCCGAGCAUAUCGAAGACGCACUUGAUCAUCGGCUUCGUGGCGUUCUUCCUGGCCUGCAUGAUCAUCAUCUUGGUUGCACUGGCCGUGACGAUAGCGACGCACCGCUACUUCUACUACAAUGUGGCUCCCGCGGGCUCGGCGGGAGGCACUGCGGGCGGCGGCCCCGACGGUGGAGGUCCCGGGCCAUCCGAGCCGGACCUUGUCACAGACAUCCCGUGUCCCGUACAGGUCGUUGAAGACUGCGAGAAGCACGGGUGCAAAGCAGUGUCGGAUCCAGAGCACGGUGGCAGCACUCGCUGCUUUCUGCUGGACGACGCGUUCGGCUACCGGUACCGGCACACCACGUACGGAGACCGGGAGAUCAACUACAGCCUCACCUACGACAUGGCGUCGCAGGGCCCUUUCUCCGAGGAUGUCAUCAAUAACGUCCGCGUCCAGGCAGUGUUCAUCACCGAGGACACGCUCAGGUUGCGGAUCCACGACGAGGACCGACAACGUUACGAGGUUCCCGUGUUGGACGACUCGCCGCUGUUGCGCAAGCCUCCCGCCGUGGACAAGAACCGGUUGCGGUACCUGAUCGAGACCAACGAGACGAGGAGAGGGCGCGCCAGACUGAGGGUGCUGCGCUCGGACAACUACGUCGUCAUGCUGGAUUCGUGGCACCUCGUGAUGACCGAGCAGUUCCUACAAGUGGUGCUACCUUACAGUGGCGACCAGCUGUACGGAUUCGGAGAGAGCGGCCACGAGCACAUCAACCUCGCGACUGGAAGCGGCACCAUGUUUUCCAGGCGCGUCAGUAACUACAGCACGCUGGCCAGCGCAAACACGAACUCGGAGAACUUCGCCGGCGUUCACCCGUUCUUCAUGAACCCCAAGGGAGACGGAACAACAUGGGGUGUUCUCAUUCUCAACAGCAACGCGAUGGAUUACACGGUGACUCCGAGCGGAAACAUCGCCAUUGCGACCACGGGUGGAAUCCUUGACCUUUACUUCUUCGUCGGCUCCACGCCCACCCAGGUGGUUCAACAGUACCAAAAGCUCGUCGGACUUCCCUUCAUGCCACCGAUCUGGGCGCUGGGGUAUCAAGUGUGGAUGACCAAUUACACGUCGCUCAACGAAGUCAAGGGCGCGGUCACAGCUCUCGACCAGGCUGGCGUGCCCAAGGAUGUCAUCUGGCUGGACGUCUUCCAAGGUUCGAAAGCAUUCACUUUGAACUCCGCUUUCGGUGGUCUUCAGGCAUACAUCCCGCAGCUGGCGAGCGUGGGCAUCCAAGUUGGCCUGGUCACAAACCCGGCUAUUCCUGCCGACAACGUUACGCGGUACAGCCCAUACACAACGGGUCUCGAAGAAGACGUGUUCGUCAAGACGGGAUCAGGAACAAGCGGUUCUGACCCUAACGCUGUGCUUUAUGCGAAGGGGCUUCCGACCGGACCUUCAGCCUUCCCAGAUUUUCUGAAGAACUCUACUAGGCAGUGGUGGAGAAACGCCAUCCUGGACUAUCAGGAAUCCACCGCCGACUUUGACGCAAUGUUCCUGAGGCUGAAUGAACCGGCCGAGUUCAGCGGAUCUGCUUCCUGCGAGCGAAACGACGUGGGGUGCCAAAUGUGUCCUCAGAAUCGAUGGGAAUACCCGCCGUAUGUACCAGUCGCCUACAGGAACGAAGAAGGCAACUCAACGCAGCUUCAUAAUGGGACCCUCUGCAUGAACGCGGCGUUCGGCGAAAGGCUGCGGUACAAGCACUACGACGUCCACAGCAUCUACGGUUGGAGUCACAGCAUGGCGACGCAAUGGGCGCUGACCGAUCUCAUCGGCGACAGGACCCUCGUGAUUUCCGAAUCUACAUACCCUUCAACUGGCCGGUAUGCCGGACACCUCGUUCAACUGCCAGACUUUGGAGAAUGGUCGGGCCUAAGGAGAGCCAUUGUGGCUGUCCUGGAGUUCAACAUUUUCGGGAUCCCCUAUGUUGGAGUUCCCCUCUGUUCGGGGAAUAGCUCCACACUCUUGUGCCAGAGAUGGAUCGAACUUGGGGCCUUCUUUCCCCUUGGACUGGACUUCAGGAUGAAACGUUCAAGUGCAGACACACUUCCCAUGACACCCGCGGCCCUUGAUGCCGUCGCUAUGAGGUACAGUCUACUGCCUGUUCUGUACGCACUGUUCUUCAGGGCCAGCUUCAGCGGCGGAACGGUCGUGAGACCACUGUUCUUCGAGUUUCCGCUGGACAAAGCCACCUAUGCCCUCGACGAACAAUUCAUGUGGGGUUCUUCCAUCUUAUUUUCUCCAAUUUUAGACAAGGAUGCAACUACUCACUCUUACUACCUCCCGCCUGACGUCUGGUUUGACUUCACGACGGGAUUGCGUAAAGACGGAUCCACGGAAAUGAAGAGCCGCAGUGUAACGGAGAACUCGACACUACUCGUCCACGUGAGGGGAGGGCAGGUGCUCCCAGUUCAGCCCACACUGAAAAGCACCAUGGACAGGACAAAAGUUCCGUAUGACCUUUAUGUUUACCCCAAGGAUGGAUUCGCGACCGGUGAGCUAUUUGUCGACGACGGCAUAUCUCAAGGAACCGUUGAAUCAAACCAGUAUGACCUCUUCAGUUUUAUUCUAGCUCAGAACCUCCUACGCGUGUCCAUCAGCCAUUUCGGGAACGGGACGCGACAGAAUGCGACGGUCAGGAACAUUGUGUUCUUCGACGUCGACGCUCCACCAUCGAGGGUGACGAUGAACAAGAACAGCCUGACUCAGAACUCGGUGCUCCACGAUCCCACCAAGAAGAUCACUGCCAGGCAGAGCGCGGCUACGGCUUCGCUUCGUGCCAAUACGCCACCGACGGCUCGUACGAUGCGAAAGUCUAUCAUUAGCGCGGUCGAUUCGUUGACAACGCCCAUUGUGGCGAAAUCGGCCCCACAGGCAACGAAUGCCCAUGAGAAGACCCCUAUUUACGAUGGGAUGACCACAGCACCAAAGCGGGCGAUUACGACAACAAAAGCUACAGCGACGCUGCAGCCUCCGCCGCCAGGACAUCCACCCAAAAUGACGAAAGCUUCGCCGCCACGACCGCCACGCAAGAUGACGAAGCCUCUGCCGCCAGGGUCUCGACCUAAGGUGACGAAAGCUCGGCCGCCAGGACCGCCACCCAAGGUGACGAAAACUCCGCCGCCAGGAUCUCCACCCAAGGUGACGAAGCCUCUGCCGCCACCACUGCCACCCAAGACAACGAAGCCUGUGCCCCCACGACCGUCACCCAUAACGACCAAGCCCCUGCCUCCACAACCGCCACCAGGGGUGACGAUGCCUCUGCCGCCACCACUGCCACCCAAGACGACGAAGCCUGUGCCCCCACGACCGUCACCCAUGACUACCAAGCCUCUACAUCCACAACCGCAACCAGGGGUGACGAAGCCUCUGCCACCGCCACCACUGCCACCCAAGACGAUGAAGCCUGUACCCCCACGACCGUCACCCAUGACGACCAAGCCUCUACCUCCACAACCGCAACCAGGGGUGACGAAGCCUCUGCCACCGCCACCACUGCCACCCAAGACGACGAAGCCUGUACCCCCACGACCGUCACCCAUGACGACCAAGCCUCUACCUCCACAACCGCAACCAGGGGUGACGAAGCCUCUGCCACCACCACCACUGCCACCCAAGACGACGAAGCAUCUGCCGCCACCUCCGUCACCAAAGACGAGCAAGCCUACGCCGCCAACAGCCAAGAUUACGAAGCCAGUGCCGCCACCUCCGUCACCCAAGACGACCAAGCCUCCGCCGCCACCACCGCCAACCAAGAUUACGAAGCCUGUGCCGGCACCUCCGCCGCCCAAGACAACCAAGCCUCCGCCAGUGACAACGCCAUCGCCGGCGUCACCAACGCCCACGACGACGCCUGGCGCAACGACCACGUCGGAGCGUCCGGGCAUACCUCGCUACACUACCGUGUGCACGGUGAGCUACCUGCACACCGGCCUGCCCUUGCCCCUGAGCGGCGAGUGCGACAUCAUCUACUACGACUCGCUGCUCCUGCGCCCGGAGGACACGUUCAUGGGCACCUUCACCAACGCCUACCUGAAGCCCAUCUUCGACGCCGCCAAGGAGAGCAACGUCAGCCACAACACCGAAUUCGGGAUGUCCGUGCACGCACCGGCGAUUAAUGACUUCUCCGUCGAGGUCAAAUCGGACGCCGGCAUGCAGCACUACAGGGAACAUUGGCAGCACAAGGUAUACAACUGGGGCGUCCUCAACAUCCACGAGAUCAUUCUGAAGAACACCCCUGACAUCCUCAAGACUUCGCUCAUCGUCCUCAAGGAGCUGAAGGACAUUGCUACGGCGGCGGGCAAGAACGCCUCUAUGGUUGUGGGCCUUUUCUGCAAGGUCACCGGAGGAUGCGAUAAAGUGUCCGAGUACCUCAAGACCAUAUACCUCCCGGAUGCCAUUGUGGUCUUGGGGCACAUUUCUUUCCGUGACAACAACAUCACGGACUGUAGGAUUUUGCCCCUUAGCUGCUUUAAGGACCCGUUUGUGCGAUACAAGAACCUGUCCUACAUGCACUCCAUGACCGACGCCGUGAAUACGGUUAGGCACCUGCAGGUGACCAAGGGCCUCGACACCAUGUACGCCGUGUCGGCGACGAUGGCGGGGCGUUGGUACAAGCCAAGGAAACCGGAUAACAAGGUUUUAUUUCCGGGAAAGUACCGCGUCGGCUUCAAGUGCAAAGUGGGGGACUACCCCCAGAAAGCGCACGUACAAGACGUUUGCGGCAACAAAAGCUUCGGAUAUACCGAGCACUUUCAAUACACGGCAUAUCACGUCAGCGGAUUUACCUUUGACAAGAAGGAGGGCUUUACAAUGACCUUCGAGACCGAAGAAUCACUGGAAAAAAAGUUCUGUCUCUCCUUCGACAACAACACGCAGCUGCUCGUAGGAAUCGCCGUCUACGACGUCAACUACGAUGCAGCACCCAAGGACUGCAAGCAGUUCAAGGGAGCCGCCUGGUCCCGGCUCAUGUGGAUCGAGAGGAUGCGCAAGCUGCUCAGAGUUGCCCCCGCGUACGACUCGGGGCACUUUGUUUCGCGCUGCCUGUACGAUAUAAAAUCCAAGACGAAGAUAGCUGCCUACCGGGCGCUUCCCACCCGUGCCAUGUCGCCAGGGCUCCGUCAAACUUUUUAUAAGUCGAUUAUUUCGUGACGUAACAACUGCAUUCGUUUUUCUUUCUUACAUUUAAUCAUUCAGUAAACGACACGUUAAUGCCGCCA